CGGCGGCCAUCUUGGAUCAUCUGUUUACAAGCGGUGAGGGAGACGAUGAUGAUGGAGUCUAGUGUGUGUCUCUCUUAAUUGAUCCCCUCACCUCUACCAGCUGGAGGACGACGCUCUCACCUUCUCUGACUGGCCUUUACAUCCUUCUGAAGAGAUGUCGGGUGACGGUCAGUUGGAUGGGGGUCAGCAGGCAAUGACUGAAGCGCAGCAGAGCCUUAACAGCUUCUGGCCUAAGGUCACGGAUGAGAUACGUCAACUCACGCAGAGUGACCUACGACAACAAGAGCUGCCAUUAGCACGGAUAAAGAGAAUAAUGAAGUUGGACGAUGACGUGAAGAUGAUCAGUGCAGAGGCACCCGUCUUGUUUAGCAAAGCUGCGGAAAUAUUUAUAACAGAGCUCACCCUCAGAGCGUGGAUACACACGGAAGACAACAAACGUAGGACGUUACAGAGAAAUGACAUAGCCAUGGCGAUUACCAAAUAUGACCAGUUUGACUUCCUGAUUGACAUUGUACCCAGAGAUGAGCUGAAGCCCACCAAGAGCCGGGAAGACACUGCCCGCACCGGGAUUCCUGCUGAUCAGCACUACUUCCAAAUUGCACAGCACUACCAGACUGUGCUGCAGCAGUCCACAGCAAACAGUAGCAACACCAACUCACAAAACUCGGUGCAGCCGACUUCUUUACAGCCCCAGACCAUACAGAUACUUCAUACUGGAGGACAGACAUCUUCAAUACAGACAGCGGGGACCAACGUAGCAUCAACAACACAGACCCAACCGGCGCCACAAAUCAUCCAGCUACAACCUCAGGCUCAACAGAGUCAGGCGGCACAAACGCAGCAGACUGCCAGCGGCGGCAUACAAAUAAUUCAGCAGAUUAUUGGACCUGAUGGACAAGUUCAACAAAUUCCUAUCCAGUUGACGCCACAGCAGCUGCAGAUGAUUAAGUUGCAAAUGUCAGGUGCCACCCAGCAGCCAAUAAUCAUCCAGACGGCGCCCAUACAAGCAGUGACGCAGCAGGCACAGGCUGUCGUCACCACCCAACCUCAGAUUAUUCAGCUUCAACAGAGUGGAGGUCAGCCAGUCUACAUCACACAGAGUCAAGCCCAGCAGCAGUAGAGGUAGAAACUUUUUGUUGUCAAGUCCACCAUUUGUCACCUUCACUGAAACAAGAUUUCAACUUUAUAGUAAAGAGAAAGGACUGAGAAGGAAGCUCAUUUAUUACCAAGUGGCCUUCAAGUUUGUGAAAAUGAUAUAGGUAUGGAGGACGUAAGGAAUUAUCAUCAUACAGUACAGUACUUGGUGACUGAUUGUCUCAGUUAGCUGGUCAGGACUCCCAGCCCAUGAGAUGCAGGUUCACUUCUAUGGGUGGGCAGGAUAUACUGGUGUUAUUAUACUGUGUUGUGUUAAGCUGGUCCAGGUAAGAUAGGUUGUCCGGAGAGUCACUACUCUACAAAGCAUGGGAAAAGGUGUUGAAUAUGUUAGCUUUAGCUCACACACUUGAGUGGUUCAGAAAAAACGAAGGGUUAGUUCUGUGUCUUGACUGAAACACAUAAAAGAGCUGUGCACUCACUAGUUGUGGGCAACUACAGGUACUCCUCGACUUAUGACCACCCGGACAUACAACCGCCGCAGUCGUACAAAUUUUUUUUCAAGUUACGAAAUUUUCGAGUCCCGACGUUAGUGAUCGCGCUGUGUACUGA